AUGAAAUUCGACAUCAAGAUCAUCAGCGACACAGUUUGCCCAUGGUGCUACGUGGGCAAGCGCCGGGUUGAAGCUGGCAUUGCCGCUUACAAGGCGGCGCACCCGGAGAGCAGCGACACCUUUGCUGUCUCCUGGUACCCUUACUACCUUGACCCCAACGCACCUCUUGACGGUGAGGACAAGGCUGCUCGGUACGAGCGCCGCUUUGGGGCUGAGAAGUUCGCUUCUAUUCAGGAGACGAUUGGCAAAGUUGGGAAAGAUGUCGGCAUCAACUUCUCGUUUGCGGGCCGGACUGGCCACACUAAGCACUCGCACCGGUUGAUCCGCUUUGCUGCACAGAAGGGACCGGACUAUCAGAACAAGAUCGUGAAUGAACUGUUCGCGAGGUACUUUGAGAAGGCGCAGGAUAUCACCGAUAAGAACAUGCUGCAAAGCGCCGCCGAGGCCGCCGGGCUGGAUGGCACUGAGGUCAAGGCUUUCCUGGAGAGCAACGAAGGCGCCGAGGAAGUUGAGAACGAGGUGCUGCGAGCUCAGAAGCUCGGCGUUCGUGGAGUACCAAACAUCAGGAUCAAUGGAAUGUUCGAAGCCCCAGGAGCCGUAGAUGCAGACAUAUUUCGCCAGAUCUUUGAGAAGAUUGCUGCUUACACGGAAAAGGGGACAUUGGAUACUGCGGACUUGGCCUAG